UUCUGCCCACCCUAGAGAUGCCCCUUUGCAGGCAGUAUGUAAGGCAGUGCCCACGACAGUCUGGAAAAUUAACCGACAGGUUCUAAAGAAUGAGAGUGUGUUCCUGUGGCCAGUUGGCACUUGGCUGGUCCUCCACCCUAAGUGCUCUGGCCUCGUUUUCAUCAUUGGUGUGCACAGAGUAGAUUCGCAUCACUUCAGUUGCCCUCAUCCUCUCUUGCAGAAUUACCCUCUUUACAUCCGCAGUGUCCCCACGGAGAAUGAGCUGAAGUUCCACUACAUGGUGCACAUGUCCCUGGACGUGGUGGAUGAGAAGAUCUCUGCAAUGGGGAAGGCCCUGGUGGACCAGAGGGAGCUUUACCUGGGCCUGCUGUACCCCACGGAGGACUACAAGGUAUACGGCUACGUGACCAAUUCCAAGGUGAAGUUUGUUAUGGUGGUGGAUUCUUCCAACACAGCACUUCGUGAUAAUGAGAUUCGCAGUAUGUUCCGGAAGCUGCACAAUUCCUACACUGAUGUGAUGUGUAACCCCUUCUAUAACCCAGGGGACCGCAUUCAGUCCAGGGCCUUCGAUAGCAUGGUGACAUCUAUGAUGAUACAGGUCUGUUGAGUGAGAAGAUUGCUGCCUGUUGAUUGAAGAGAAGUGUUUUGUACAUAACUGUGUUGUGUAGAUGUGUAUUUAUUAUCAUUUACCCCACAUGGAUGCAAGGCCAGGUGGGGUGCAUGUCAACUAAAGGUUUUGUGACAUCA